UUCUUUGUUUUUCGCUUCGGUAGUCCAUCCAGUUGGCAUUAAGUCACGACCAAAGAAAUUCUCAGCAUAAAUACACAAGAUCGAAGAGUUCUUCAGACCAGGAAGUUUGUGUAAAACGGGGAAUUGUUUCUAGCAUUCAUCACGCUGUUGGCAUCUCUGGGAUUGGAAAUAGACGGAACUCUGGCGUCCUCUAUCAGUAAAAUCGUUGAUAAGAGGCGAUGAACGACGCUACGGUCUCGUACCAUUGACUGGUAUCGCUAUCAGUCAUCAGUGACUUCACCGUAGCGUCAAAAGUCGACCGAGGGCCAAACAAAAACACCAGGCGAGGGGAAAAUUAUGAAAACAACUGUUAGUUUAAUAAUGGGUGAGAGCUUUCGUGUGGAAAGGUGAUUGCAGUAUGACUGAUAAUCCUGGGAGCAACACUAUCGUCUGCCAAGAGGUAUUUCAUGAAAAUAGCGUCCCCUCUGAAGAAGAGGUUAUUGAUUAUGCCAAAAACAUCGGUAUAGAUCCAAAAUGUGAGCAACAUCUUUUACCUAUUGCUCUUAAUGGUCUUAUGCAACCAUUGCCUCAAGGCUGGAGGCCAUGUUUUGAUGUUAAACUCAAUCGAUGGUAUUACUUCAAUGACCUUACAAAAACAAGCCAGUGGGAGCAUCCGUUGGACAAUGUUUACAGGACCUUAGUGAAAAGGGGACGCUCUGAAGGUUAUAGCUCAGCAGCCGAAGAUGAUUCAAGAAUAAUAAAAGAAGAUUUGAAAAGCUUUGAAGAAGUAUCCGAUUUGCUCUCUUCUAAGAGUAAUGAUAUGAAGCUUGAAAAAGCCCCUGCAGAAAUGAAUGAUUUUGAUAAGGGUAAAGAUGUCCAACCAAGGGCUCAUCAACCGUUGCUCUUAAGGAGAAAGCAACUUCAGCACAAUGUGAAUCCUCAUCAAUUUUCACCUCUUCAAGUAGUAAAAAUGAUAAAUAAUACAAUGAGAGAAAGUUCAAUUGAAGAUAAAGAAAUAAAAAAUGUGGUCACUGAAAACAGGACAUUCAGGGUGACGCCAGCCAAAGUUGGUGACAGCCUAACUCGCUACUCCAGUAGUUCUUCUUUGUCGAAGGAAAACUCCAGUAAAACAUUGCAGCCUUUGCGCAGGGCACAGACGCUCGAUCCAAUUCCCACUUUUAUAUCGACAAGCCCGAAAGCAGAUCCUCCUAUCAAAGGCAUACUGAGAGAAUCUUCGUUUUCAGGCCUUCCGAAUAGAAACUUGGCUCGCUUGAAUCCUAUCCAAGGCGACACUCAAACUCCGCAUGAAAUCGAAGACGAAAAAAAGAGAUCAGUCCGAUUUGCAGAUUUUGAACGCAAAUCGUUAGAUAUAAAAUUUCAGUUUUCUGAUUCCGAUGAGAGUAUAUCUGAUGAAGAAUCCGAAUCUAGUUUCAAUAAUAAAGAAGAGGAUGAAGAAAUAGAAGAUAUAGCUGAAGACGUGGUAACAGAAGAAAAAGCUGAUAGGAAAGCAGAGAAGUUGAUAGAGCAGCUCAACUAUUCGCAAAUUGUUUCGAAUACCAACAAGGAAGAUAUCAAAACCGACAAAGGCGUAACCAAAUUAAGUGAAAAAAUUACAAAUACACAAGCUCUAGCAGUUCCGUUAGAAAUUGAAAACUUGUCUGAUGAAUCAGAAAGUGUGAGCAAUAAUACAAACGAUGAUCAGAUAUUGAAUAAUGAAAAGAUGGAAGUGGAUGUAAAGUCUAAUGAAGAAUCUUUUCAAAAGCAGAAUAAAAUAUUUGCUUCUCAGCCUUUGCAUUCUCCAUUAAAAAAGAGUGUCAAUUCCCUGGUCAACAAAGAUAAUGUCCAAAAGGAGGAGUAUCCCCGUUAUGAUGAUGAUAAUGUAACCCAAAUUUCAUCCAAUGUAAGCAAGAAUGUCUGUCCCACGCCUAUUGAUCCUGAAAUAGUUUCUUUACGUGAUGCCAUAACAAGUAUAGUAGGAGGUGAUAAAAAAACGUUUGAUUUAGAAAGCAUUAUCAGUAACAAAAACACUGCAAACAUAGAAGAAGACGCCGAGAAAGAGACUCAAGAUAAAAUAACUCAAAUAAAAUUGAGACAAGCUGAAAGGUUGAAACAAUUAAAGGAAGAACUUGAUAAGCAAGAAGAAGUGGAGAAAGAUAAACUUGCUGAAGCGGCUAGUAAUAAGUUGAACGAACUUAAAAUGAAAUUGGACAUAGAGUUAGAAAGGAAAGAAAAGGAAAUCAGAGAGGAUUAUGAUAAAGAUAUGAUCGAGAUCUUCAGGCGGCUUGAAAAUGAAAAAGCUAUGAGAAUCUCCAUGAGAACAAACGAAUUAAAAGUUAACGAAGAGAAAGAGAUAUCUGAGUUAAAGAAUGAAGGCCUUAAGAGAAUCCAAGAAGUCAAGACGUUUUUUGAAGUUCAAACUAAAGAAACAGAAGAAAAAUAUCAAAAUGAAGUAAAAAAACUUGAAGCUGUAUUAUCUCAGAGAAUAGAUCAGUUGAAAAUUGAAAAGGAGGCAGAACUGAAAAGGAUCCAAACCGAGUGGGAUGAUAAAAUAACCGCAAAUUCUGUUCAGAAUAAAUCAAUUCUUGAGACCGCUCUCGCUAAUCAUGAAAAGAACAUGAACACUCUUAAGCAGCAGUUCCAAAAGGAAGAAGAAGCCUUGAAGCGGAUGCACGCCGAGCAGGUGGAAUCUUGGAACAACAAACUUAAAAAGCUGAGCGACAAAGAGCCCAACAGCUUGUCUAUCAAUAGGGACUUUGAAAAAAUGAGAUGUGAAAAACGUCUAAUCGAGGAUAAAUACCGCUCAUUAAAGGAUAAAUAUCUUCAAUUGAAAAGUGACAUUGAGAUCGCCGUCGAGAGAAAGCUUCAGAGCAAGAAUCGCAAAAAGAAAGAAGAUCACAAUCAAGAAAAGGAAUCUCAGGACGAAAAAGGGAUUUCAGAAACUAAAACUAACAACAAAAGUAAAAACAACAAUCUUGAAUCCGAUGCUACAAGCGAUGAAAAACUGCCUCGAUUUAACAGAAUACCCAAAAUCAAUACGGACCAGCUAAAUUUAAAAGAAGGGGCUGAAAACGAUCCAUCCUCCGAUGACCAAUACACUUCGCUUUCCCUUACACUGCCAAACGAGGAGCACAGAAGUCAGAGUAUCAGUCCGAACAGAGCGGACAGGAGAAAAGAUAAAAGCUUGGAUAGAAAGAAACUCAGCAGAAUGAAGAUCAACCUCGACGGCAGAGACCGUCAAGGCAAUGUUUUAGAUGACGUAAGAAGUCAGCUAAAGGAAUUGGAAGAAAUUGAAGAGCAAAUUCCAGCCAAUUCUCAAGGCGAUACUUACCUUCGUUACCCCUUUCAUGGGCAUGGCCUCAGUAAUAGUGCAGAAGUAGAUUUUUAUCGUCAUAGAGUUAUUGUUGAACAAGAAGCUGUCCGUGCUGCCAGGGAGUGUUUGUUACAGCAAAAACGUGAACUUGACGCCAGGCAAAGUAUUUUGAGGUCUAAUAAUAAUACAACAAUGCAACAACUACAACAGCAAGAGAGAGACUUAACAGAAAUGGAAGUGUCUCUCUACAGGACAAAAGCCCUCUUAGGCGAAAAGAUGAUCCGCCUUCGCCUUCUGGGACAGACUUUGAACAGGAUCAUAGAUGAUUUUCCAAACAGCCAAAACAACACCAACACUCAGAAAGAUAACGCAAUAACUCCAACUUGUACCACUUCCCCUGGAAAUUGUUCUACUGAAGGAGUGCCGUUUAAUGUACUUCAAAACUUAGAAAACAUAUAUUCAGAAAUAGGAGAGCUUCAAACUCAGAUUAAUAAACAACAAUUGGAUGUUGGGAUGGCAGAGCCGAUUACAACUUCCAACUUAUAUUUCAAGAUACCUUCAGGUAAACCUUUAAACAAGACUUUCAGGCGGGUCCCUUCAAACAGGACCGAAAUAGAAACAAGACUCCACGACAUCCAGGAUUGGCUUCAGAAAACUGCCCCUAAACAGCACUGAUUAUAAUCAGUUACAUAAUACUAAAAUUGAAAUAGUUUAUUUUGUGGGAUACAACUAUCAAAUAGCUUGGACUUUUGUUGAUAACAGUUUUAAUGUUUCAGACAAUUGUUUAAUUUUUUUUAAUAAGAUCACACAAAAAAAGAAAAAAAAAGUGAAACGUAUACAAAAACAUUUGAUAAUACGUCUAUGUUGAAAACAGUUCUUCCAGUCUAAGUAAUUUUCAGAGACUCUUUUAUUCAAUUAGAUAAAUGUAAGAUCAAGGGAUCAUUGAGUAUUAUAUACAAGUUAAAAAAAUACUUGUAGAUUACAAAUAAUGAUACUGAUCGACUGAAUAUAUAGCAUUUAGCAUUGAUGUAACUGUCAGAGCUCAAAAUUCCUAGCUUGAUUAAAUAGACUUGUUAGUCUUAUAAAAAUUAAAAUUAAAAAAAAAAAAAUGAGGGAGUUUCUAUACAGUAAUGCUACAGUUGCUACGGCGACAGUAAUCUAACUAGAAGUAAUGUAAUUCAAAUCGUCUUAGGUGAUGUACUGAAAAGGACAUUUAUGAUCACGAUUUUAAAGAAUGUUUUGACCAUUCAAUGGUCCGAAUCCAUGCAAUGACCCAACUAUUGUAAUCUCAUUCUAGUCUAAUUUUUUGUUUGUUUUAUAUAAUCGAAUAUUAAAAAAUUUAGCUUCUUGCUUUUACUGAGUCACGAUAGUCUUUCUUUUUUUUAAUAUGUAUAUUUUCAUAUUUGUUAUUUAUUUGGCACAAUUUGUACGUUUAAAUUUUUCCUCAUGACUAGGCCUUUGGAAAUUUACAGAAGACAAUCAAACAAGAGUUACGCCCAAUCGGCGAUGUGAUAAUGCUGGAUGGUAUUAAAAAAAUCGGCAAUAGAAAAUGUACCACGAUUGCCCUGCUUUCCCCUAAUGCUAAAAGCCAAAUGAUUUUUUUUUUUUUAGAAAACGUUACCACAAUUCUGCUUACUGUUUUGGCCUAUAAUUAUUUUAGGUGUAAUCGUUAGGCAAUAUGAAAACCCAGCAAUAAAUCGAUUGCCCCUUAUAUAUGUAAUACAAUAUAAAUAUAUAAUGUCAGUAAUGUU